CUCUCUCAGUGCUUGGGGGCAAUCAAGCGGCGGGGAUGAUGGGAGUCCGGCCGGACAGCCCUGCCAGCCUACCGACGCACCUAAACGCAGCCCAGCACUCCGCUGUGACGGCUCAACUUGUCUGUGUUCCUGCUCCCAGAAUCCACCCAGAGAAACAGUAAAACAAGCAGCUGGAGCCCACGCGGGACUUUAUUGGAAGCGCGCGUCCCUUUGCUUUUUAAUGGUCACACCUGAAAAGGAUAAAAUUCUUUUUCUGUUUUUAAAAAUCUGCUUUCGUGAUUCGGGCCAGGGCUCCUUUCAGGAUUAAAGGGAGUAGAUGAAGAGCUGAAGCCGCUCCAGGAGGAUUAAGAAGUUGGGGAGAUGCUGGAGGAAGCGGAGCAGGCGGAGUGAGGGAGCCCGGUGCGCACUUUCUCCUCCCCGGCUGGACUGAAGCGCUACAGUCCGCUCCUCUUUGCGCUGCUGGAGGCGCGCGCAGGGGACACUUGUUCAUUUAUCUCAUCUUCAUCUUCAUCAUCACUUUUGCUGGAUUAACAAAACAGAAGCAAAGAAGAGCUCAGAGAUUUCACUCCACGCACUCCGCGGAGUUCUCCUGUGUGGAUGGGGUUCGAGCGGCGCGGCGGGGAUGGUGUGAAAUAAAGCAGCAGUUUUUUAAACGCAGGAGUUUCACAUCUGGUAUACUGGGCCAGUCAGCAGCAGGAUCAGGAUGAGAAGAUGGCUGGCUGUGUGUUUCCAAUGGGACCAGAGAGCUUUCAGCGCUUCACGCCGGACUCCCUGGCGGCCAUCGAGCAGCGCAUCGCCCAGGAGGAGGCCCGACGCAAAAAACACUACCAGGAGGACCUGGGCGACGUGGAGCUCCCCCGGCCCCGGCCCGAUCUGGAGGCAGGAAAACAGCUGCCGCGCAUCUUCGCUGACAUCCCAUCUCAUCUGGUGGGCGUUCCACUGGAAGACAUCGACCCAUACUACUUCAAAGACAAGAGGACUUUCAUAGUCCUGAACAAAGGGAAGGCCAUCUUCCGUUUCAGUGCCACAUCCGCCCUCUACAUCUUCAGCCCCUUCCACCCCAUCCGGAGACUCGCCAUCAAGAUCCUCGUGCACUCGUUAUUCAGCUUGUUCAUCAUGUGCACCAUCCUGACAAACUGUUGCUUCAUGGCCAUGUCCGAGCCGGAGUACUGGGCCAAAUACCUGGAGUACACCUUCACUGGUAUCUACACGUUUGAGUCUCUCAUUAAGAUCCUGGCCAGAGGUUUCUGUGUGGGACCGUUCACCUUCCUGAGGGACCCGUGGAACUGGCUCGACUUCAGCGUCAUUGUCAUGGCAUAUGUGACUGAGUUUGUGGACCUGGGUAAUGUGUCAGCCUUAAGGACGUUCAGGGUGCUGCGAGCGCUCAAAACCAUCUCUGUCAUCCCAGGACUGAAGACCAUCGUUGGGGCUUUAAUCCAGUCGGUGAAGAAGCUCGCUGAUGUGAUGAUCCUCACGGUCUUCUGCCUCAGUGUCUUUGCACUCAUUGGCCUGCAGCUCUUCAUGGGAAAUUUGCGGCAGAAGUGUGUGCGGAGCACGGCACACUGCUUCAAUGACACCUUGCCAGCCAACACCUCCUUCUACUGCAACAACAAGACCUGGGCCUCAAUCAAAGACUUCACUGAAGACGAAGACAACUUCUACAAGGUGGAGGGAGCCAAGGAUGCCUUAAUCUGUGGGAACAGCAGCGACGCAGGAAAGUGUCCGGACGGGUUUGUCUGUCUGAAGGCAGGAAGAAACCCCAACUAUGGCUACACCAGCUUUGACACCUUUGGGUGGGCCUUUCUGUCCCUGUUUCGUCUGAUGACACAAGACUACUGGGAAAACCUCUACCACCAGACGCUGCGUUCGGCCGGUAAGACCUACAUGGUGUUUUUCGUGGUGGUGAUUUUCCUGGGCUCCUUCUACCUGAUCAACCUCAUCUUGGCCGUCGUCGCCAUGGCGUACGAGGAGCAGAACCAGGCGACCAUCGCCGAGGCCUGCCAGAAAGAGCGGGAGUUUCAGCAAGCCAUGGAGAUACUGAAGAAAGAGCAACAGGGUGCCACACAAAAAGCUACCGACUCUGACUCAUUGAUGUCACCAGACCUCUCUCCUUUUGGCCCACCAAUGGACAGCUUUGAGGAGCGAAGGCGGAGCCAGGCGCUGAUGGGCGUGGGGGACGUGGAGGCGAACCUAUCUGAGGAGAAGCUUCUGCAGGUGGACUUGACUGAUGGUGGAAAGCCACUCCACCCACUCCUCGCCCGCUCCUUCUCCACAAGGACACGGCGAAGCAGUCAGGUCUCCUCCAUCUUCAACUUCCGACUGAGGAGCCGAGGGUCAGAGGGAGAGAUGGCCGAUGACGAGUACAGCGUACCGGGUGACGUGGUGGAGGGCGUCGGGAGUCGAACCUACAGCGGAGGAACCUUCAGCGGCAUCCUGCCCCAACCGUGGCCCAAACGGAGGCCGAGCACCUACAGCACGGCCAGCCGGAGCUCCCAGGUUUUUUAUCCAACUCUAAACAUUAACGGGAAGCUGUUUGUUGCCAUGGACCAGAACGGGGUUUCCCCACCGCCACUGCAGGGGCAGCUGCCUGCUUGCACCAUGGAGAAGGUCAAGGAGGAGAGUGUUCCCACAUCCACCACAGAGCUGAGCACGAUGCUGCUUCCUCGGCCUUCGUCCACGCAGGACUCGGAGCGCCGGGGCAGGGCAAUGAGUGCUGCCAGCUACCUCACUGACGUCAUGGAAGAACUGGAGGAGUCCCAUAAGAAGUGUCACCCCUGCUGGUACACGUUUGCCCACCGUUACCUGGUUUGGGAGUGCUGCCCUAUGUGGCUUAAGGUGAAGCAGCUGGUGAAGAUCAUGGUGAUGGACCCCUUCCUGGACCUCGCCAUCACCGUCUGCAUCGUCCUCAACACGCUCUUCAUGGCCAUGGAGCACUAUCCCAUGACUGACGAGUUCAACGGCAUGCUCACCAUCGGGAACCUGGUGUUCUCCGGGAUCUUCACAGCAGAGAUGGUGUUGAAGAUCAUCGCUCUGGAUCCGUACUACUACUUCCAAACGGGCUGGAACAUCUUCGACAGCAUCAUUGUCUGCCUCAGCCUCAUGGAGCUCGGCCUGUCCGAUGUGGAGGGGCUGAGCGUGUUGCGCUCCUUCAGGCUGCUUCGUGUUUUUAAGCUUGCUCGCUCAUGGCCAACUCUCAACACGCUGAUAAAGAUCAUCGGGAACUCUAUGGGCGCUCUGGGCAACCUGACGCUCGUCCUCGCCAUCAUCGUCUUCAUCUUUGCCGUGGUCGGCAUGCAGCUGUUUGGAAAAAACUACCAGGAAUGUGUGUGCAAGAUCUCCAAGGACUGCACUCUUCCUCGUUGGCACAUGAAGGACUUCUUCCACUCGUUCCUCAUCGUCUUCAGGGUGCUGUGUGGCGAGUGGAUAGAGACCAUGUGGGACUGCAUGGAGGUUGCAGGGCAGCCGCUCUGCAUCCUCGUCUUCAUGCUGGUCAUGGUCAUCGGAAACCUGGUGCUGUUGAACCUCUUCCUGGCUCUGCUCCUUAGCAGUUUCAGCUCUGACAACCUCUCGGCUCCAGACGACGACGGGGAGAUGAACAACCUGCAUAUCGCUAUUCACAGGAUCACCCGAGGCCUGGCGUGGUGCCGCAGACAGGUGGUGGAUUUCUUUAAUGGGAACCUGAAGCGUCGUCGUCAGAAGCGAAAGGAGGCCAAAGCCAUGAUGAAGCUGAAACGCCUCAGUACCAUCCACACGGAGGCCAACGGUGCUGUCAUAGGGCGUCACGUGGAGAAGUACGUGGUGCCGGAGGAUGACAGCUACAUGACGAAUCCCAACCUGACCAUCAGCGUCCCCAUCGCCCCCGGAGAGUCGGACGUAGAGUUCCCAGAGGAGGAAGAGGACGGGGAGGGAGAGGAGGAGCAGACUGAGGGUUCUGAGGAAGAAGAGGAGGAGAGGGAGGAGCCGAAAGACGACAUCAGCCUAUCAGAGGGCAGCACGGUGGACCUGAGGAAGCCUGGAGAGGAAGAGGAUGAGUACUCAGAGAUGGCUGAAGAGGCAAUGGACCCUGACAACUGUUUCCCAGAUAUGUGUGUGGCCAGGUUUCAGUGCUGCGACAUCGACACCACAGCAGGACUCGGACAGAUGUGGUGGAGGACGAGGAAGACCUGUUACCAGAUCGUAGAGCACAGCUGGUUCGAGACCUUCAUCAUCUUCAUGAUCCUCCUCAGCUCCGGAGCGCUGGCUUUUGAGGACAUCUACAUUGAGCAGAGGAGGGUGAUCAAAGUGGUGCUGGAGUACGCCGACAAGAUCUUCACCUACAUCUUCAUCCUGGAGAUGAUGCUCAAGUGGCUCGCCUACGGCUUUAAGAAGUACUUCACCAACUACUGGUGCUGGCUGGACUUCCUCAUCGUUGAUGUCUCAUUGAUCAGUUUGGUAGCCAACACGUUGGGUUAUUCAGACUUAGCAGCCAUCAAAUCCCUGCGGACGCUGCGGGCCCUGCGGCCCCUCAGAGCCCUCUCCAGAUUUGAAGGCAUGAGGGUGGUGGUCAACGCUCUGAUCGGCGCGAUUCCCUCCAUCAUGAACGUGCUGCUGGUCUGUCUCAUCUUCUGGCUCAUCUUCAGCAUCAUGGGCGUCAACCUUUUUGCCGGGAAGUUUGGCCGCUGCGUCAACAGCACGGGCCAAGUCUACGACGCUUCUGCGAUCAACAAUAAGUCGCAGUGCGAGACCUACAACGACACCUCGACGCACUACUGGAGCAAAGUCAAGGUCAACUUUGACAACGUGGGUGCUGGGUACCUGGCCCUGCUACAAGUGGCAACAUUCAAAGGCUGGAUGGAUAUCAUGUACGCAGCGGUGGACUCGAGAGCUGUGGAGGAGCAGCCUAUCAAGGAGAUCAAUCUGUAUAUGUACCUGUACUUCGUCAUCUUCAUCAUCUUCGGCUCCUUCUUCACCCUCAACCUGUUCAUCGGUGUCAUCAUCGACAACUUCAACCAGCAGAAGAGAAAGUUAGGAGGACAGGACAUCUUCAUGACAGAGGAGCAGAAGAAGUAUUACAACGCCAUGAAGAAACUCGGCUCCAAAAAACCUCAGAAGCCCAUCCCCAGACCAAUGAACGCUCUGCAGGGCUUCUUCUUUGACCUGGUUGGAAAGCAAGCGUUCGACAUCAUCAUCAUGGUGCUGAUCCUCUUCAACAUGAUCACCAUGAUGGUGGAGACGGACGAGCAGCCGCCUCAGAUGGAGAAAAUCCUGAACAACAUCAACCUGGCCUUCAUCAUCAUCUUCACCGCCGAAUGCCUGAUCAAGAUCAUGGCGCUGCGUUGCUACUUCUUCACUGUUGGCUGGAACAUCUUCGACUUUGUGGUGGUCAUUCUCUCCAUCGUGGGGAUCGUGCUUGCUGAUAUCAUUGAAAAGUACUUUGUGUCGCCCACACUGUUCAGAGUGAUCCGACUGGCUCGUAUUGGACGAAUUCUGCGCCUCAUCAGAGGCGCUAAAGGCAUCCGGACGUUACUGUUUGCCCUCAUGAUGUCCCUUCCUGCUCUCUUUAACAUUGGACUACUCCUGUUCCUUGUCAUGUUCAUCUACGCCAUCUUUGGUAUGGCCAACUUUGCCUACGUGAAACGGCAGGGGGGGAUUGAUGACAUGUUUAACUUUGAGACGUUUGGGAACAGCAUGAUCUGCUUGUUUCAGAUCACCACCUCUGCAGGAUGGGACAGCCUUCUCAGCCCCAUUCUCAACAACUCCCCUGAGGAGUGCGAUGCCAACAUCCCCCACACUGGCACCACCGUCAGGGGGAACUGUGGGAACCCAUCAGUGGGCAUCACCUUCUUUGUCACCUACAUUAUCAUCUCCUUUCUCAUCGUGGUAAACAUGUAUAUCGCCAUUAUCCUGGAGAACUUCAGUGUUGCCACUGAGGAAAGCACUGAACCCCUCAGUGAAGACGACUUUGAGAUGUUCUAUGAGGUCUGGGAGAAGUUCGACCCGGAGGCCACGCAGUUUAUCGAGUACUCCAAGCUGUCCGACUUUGCUGACUCGCUGCUAGAGCCGCUGCGCAUCGCCAAGCCUAACAAGAUCAAACUGAUCUCCAUGGACCUGCCCAUGGUCAGUGGAGACAAAAUCCACUGCCUGGACAUCCUGUUUGCCUUUACCAAGCGUGUCCUGGGCGAGUCAGGAGAGAUGGAUGCCCUCAAGCAGCAGAUGGAGGAGAAGUUCAUGAUGGCGAACCCGUCCAAGAUCUCUUAUGAACCCAUCACAACAACUUUGAGGCGCAAGCAGGAAGAAGUCUCCGCCACCAUCAUUCAGAGGUGUUACCGCAGACACCUGGUGAGGCGACAGCUGAAGGCCGCCUCCUACAUGUACCGCCAGAUUACCACACCUCGGCAUGCGGGAGGUGAAGGUGAACAAGGAGGUGAAGUAGUGUUUGGGGAGGAUGCGCCUGAGAAAGAAGGGCUGAUUGCUACCAUGAUGAGGGAAAAUUACGGCUCAAGCAUGUUAGGGAUUGAGCGCUCAGAGACGAUUUCCUCCACCUCAUCUCCACCUUCAUAUGACAGCGUGACACGGGCCACAUCCGAGAUCUUUCAACCGCUCGCUGUCAAGACAGAAACUGUUGCCGACACUGCGGGCAGCGAACAAAGUGAACAAUCGCAGUCAGAAAUCGCCCACGACAGACAGCAGGAAACGACGCCAUAGCAGGAACAGAAAAGCAAAAAAAUUAUUAACAAAUGAGGAUUUUCUCAUUUGAGGUUGGCCUGUUUAUUCUUUUGUUUACUGAAUGUACCAUAGCUGAGAACGCUGAGGCGGCAGCAGAAAGAAGCUAUGAAGAACUACGAGGAGCCUGCAACAUGGAAGAAUUACUACCUUUAACGUCAUUUCCUGUUCCCUGGAGAAAUUCCUGGACUGAGAAACAAGUGUUUUGGGAGUUUCCUGCAGAGAAGCAAAACAACUGCAAAACAGAGAGAGUAACCCUGUCUGUCAGGUCAACUCUGCCUUUGUUGGAGUAAUAGACAGUAAAGGAAAACCUCCUCUUGGGUCGACCAGAACCGGGAGUUUGGAACAAUGACUGACCUUUCACCAAAGCUACAGGUGGUAAUAGGGGUCAGAGCAACUAUAUCACAAAUGUAUCCAUCAUUUUUUGGCCUGGGGAGUUUGUGCCUUCCCACAGUUGAUCAAUAUUCUCAGAGUAUGUUUGGUUGUAAGAGUGACGGCGGUGUUUCUCGACACGUUAAGGGUCGAUGGCGUUCUGACUGACACUCGAGAGAGUAGGGAAAAUAAUGACAACGUGAUUUCAAAACAAUGUUUUCGUAGUAAAAGUACGUUGUUGAUGUUACCAGUCUUUUAAUAGCGGUACAAUUAUUACUAUUUUUUAUAUUUUUUAGAGUAAGUUGAAGAAAACCAAUUAGCAGUCUCUCUUUUGACUUCGGAGUGGCACUAGCUAUGAAAAAGUGGCUGAACUACCAUGUUGUAAUAGAUGAGAGGAGAAGGUGUGAAAAAAAAAAUCUCAAAAACCUGAA